CGUCCCGGGGCGCCCCGCGCCGCCCGGGGCAUGGCCGCGGCGUGAGCAUGGAGCCGGAGGCGAAGGCGGCCGAUCCCGAGGCGGGGGCCAUGCCGGAGAAGCGCGCGAGCGCGCAGGCCGCGGGCGGCGGCGCGCCACAAGGCCUUGGACGACCAAGCGUAUACCAUGCUGCUAUUGUCAUCUUCCUUGAAUUCUUUGCAUGGGGCCUGUUGACAACUCCAAUGUUAACUGUUCUACAUGAAACAUUUCCUCAGCACACUUUCCUCAUGAAUGGUCUCAUUCAAGGUGUAAAGGGUCUGCUCUCUUUCCUCAGUGCCCCUCUCAUAGGCGCCCUCUCGGACGUCUGGGGCAGGAAGCCCUUUCUCCUUGGCACAGUUUUCUUCACCUGCUUCCCGAUUCCUCUGAUGCGGAUCAGCCCUUGGUGGUAUUUCGCCAUGAUUUCCGUGUCUGGAGUCUUCUCGGUCACGUUCUCUGUGAUAUUUGCCUACGUGGCCGAUGUCACGCAGGAGCAUGAGCGGAGCACUGCUUACGGCUGGGUCUCCGCUACCUUCGCGGCCAGCCUGGUCAGCAGUCCUGCCAUCGGAGCAUACCUCUCGGCCAGUUACGGAGACAGCCUCGUGGUGCUGGUGGCCACUGUGGUGGCUCUCGUGGACAUCUGCUUCAUCUUACUGGCUGUCCCAGAGUCUCUGCCGGAGAAGAUGAGGCCGCUUUCCUGGGGAGCUCAGAUUUCUUGGAAACAGGCGGAUCCUUUUGCGUCUCUGAAGAAAGUCGGCAAAGAUUCUACCGUUCUGCUGAUCUGCAUCACUGUGUUUCUCUCGUACCUUCCUGAAGCUGGACAGUAUUCAAGUUUUUUUCUCUAUCUCAGGCAGGUCAUAGGUUUUGGAUCUGUUAAAAUCGCAGCAUUCAUAGCGAUGGUAGGAAUCCUGUCUAUUGUGGCUCAGACAGUCUUCCUGAGCAUCUUGAUGAGAUCCUUAGGGAACAAGAACACUGUCCUCCUUGGCCUGGGCUUCCAGAUGUUCCAGCUAGCCUGGUACGGGUUUGGAUCUCAAGCCUGGAUGAUGUGGGCCGCGGGGACAGUGGCUGCCUUGUCCAGCAUCACGUUUCCAGCGAUCAGUGCCCUCGUCUCACGGAAUGCUGAGUCGGAUCAGCAAGGAGUCGCGCAGGGGAUCAUAACUGGAAUAAGGGGACUCUGCAAUGGCUUGGGGCCAGCACUGUAUGGCUUCAUUUUCUACAUGUUUCACGUCGAGCUGACCGAGUUGGGACCAGAAGUGAAUUCUAACAGUGCUGCCCUCCAGGGAGCCAUGGUCCCAGGCCCACCGUUUUUAUUCGGGGCAUGUAUAGUCCUUAUGUCCUUUCUGGUUGCCUUAUUCAUCCCUGAGUACAGCAAAGGCAGCGGGAUCCAGAAGCAUAGCAACAGCAUCAGCGGGAGCCUGACCAAUACCCCAGACCGGGCCAGUGACGAGGACAUUGAGCCACUGUUGCAAGACAGCAGCAUCUGGGAGCUCUCUUCCUUCGAAGAGCCCGGGAACCAGUGCACUGAGCUGUAGCCGCGGCCGAGGGGCUCUGCGCACGCCAGCUCAGAGAGCCACACCGCGCGGACGCUUCAUGGUGCUGAAGGGGAGGGCUGGUGGCAUCCUUCAGGGCCAGGGUUUAGGAAUGACCCCCUCCGUUUGUCCGCCUCCCGCCCCCCUCGUUUCCUUUCUUCCAUUCUUUUUCUUUCAGUUUCUACGUUAGAACAUGUUAGGAUUUGAAAAAUGUCUCCACAACUAAUAUGCAACUUGCAAAGCUAUCUGGAGUCCAACCUUGAGAACUCAAUAGAAAAAGUCUUAUCUUUGGUAGAAAUGAUGACUUUUCCUUCAUAACUCAGGAUUUAGGGUAACGUUCCCGUGCCCUUUUCAGCGUUACAGCAGGAUGGCCGUGUCUGGCAAAACGUGAGGUCAAGAUUCCCUCCUUAGCAUCUCCCUCACGAUAUUUCUGAACCGCCUGCUUAGCCCAUAAGGAGUUUGAGUCGCUGCUUCCAGGGUCUCUUAGCAUCAGGAUCUCGCCUUCGUUCACAGCUCAGAUGAAAGCUAUACACCUCUGGUCUACAAUAAAGGUUAUCACUGAUCAAUAUUACCACAUGAAGGAACUUUUUUGUUUAAAAUUUGAAUUGGGUAGAAGAAGUUUAGGUUCCUGAACCUACUGUUUUGACUGGAUCUAAGCAUUCUGGUGGCAACAUAGAAAUUGGAGGAUGCAAGGAAAGAAAUCUCGGCGGUGUGGCUGCCCUCACGGUGAGCGUUGGUCACCUGUCACUGCGGAAUCUGGAUCCGGGUUCAGGCUGAUACCGUGCAUCUCUGUGCUCCUUCCUGCGGCUCACAUCCCAUUGCUCGUUCAUCUCACCCCUGCCUUAACUGCUCUGUAGUAUCUCUCCUGUGGGUCUUUAUUUUCAUCUGUUUCUCUCACUUUGGAUCUCAUGGGAAUAUGCACUUCAAAUUCCUUUCUAAAAUUUGAUGGGUUAGGAAGCUCAGUCUUACAAUAAGUGUCUUGCUAAUUUUUUUGAGCUGUUUUAUGGACAAAGUAAACUUUACAGAUUUAUAUGUAUUUUGCUGCACCAGAAAAAAGGACCAUAAACUAGGGCCCACCUUUAACUGAGCACUCCUUUGAAAGUUUUAUAGGUAUGAAAUAUAUGUAGAUAUUUGUAAGGAGUCUUAAUUCUUUUUCGAUGGGGUGCUGUGUAAAUCUUGUAUUUAUAAAUGUAAUGAAGGUAUUGACAGAAAAAAAUAUAUACAACUUUUAUAAAGGAUUGUGUACUGACUGAAUACAUUUAAAAGAAAAUAUAUUUUGAAACCUGUUCUGCUGUGAACAGAGAUAACAUAUCUUUUUACUAUGCUCUUGGUUUUUAAGUUAAGCUUCCUAAUGCAUAAUAAAUUUGCAGUGGAUACUUUUA